CGCUAAGCGAUUUGGCGCUAGUGUGUGUCCGGUGUUCUGUAAUCAGCUGCUGCAGCGCAGGCACUUUACACUUUGAGCUUCUGGCUGUUUUUGAAUCAUACAGUGCCGCGACCUUCAUGGCCAGUCAUGUCUGAAGAAGAGAUCAAGGUUUCCGAUGAGCUUUUCAAAGAUGUCAAAUUCUACGUGGUUGGGGAUAUUGAUCAAAAGGUGGUGCAGCUGCUAAAAGCAGGAAAAGCAAAGGAGGUGUCCUACAAUGCACUGGCCACUCACAUCAUUGCAGAGGAUGGGGACAACCCUGAGGUGGGCGAGUCAAGAGAGGUUUUUGACCUUCCUGUUGUCAAGCCAUCCUGGGUCAUUCUGUCAGUCCGAUGUGGAGACCUGUUACCAGUUACUGGCUUCUCGCCAGAAUCGGGGCAGAUAUUUUUUGGUGUCACAGCUUGUCUUCCCAGACUUCCUGAUGAUCUCAAUGCCCUGUGGGCUUACAUAACCUUUUAUGGAGGAGAAUGCCAGCUUAACCUAAACAAGAAGGUCACUCAUUUAGUAUUGAAGGAACCAAAAGGGGCUAAAUUUGAGUGUGCUCUGAAGCACUCCGGCAUCAAGAUUGUCACCCCUGACUGGAUCACAGAUUCUGUUAAAGAUAAAGCCAGGAAGGAGGAGGCACUCUAUCACCCCAGACUCACAUAUGUGGAGCCAGAGGAAGAGGAGGAGAGUGAAUCAGAGUCAUACAACCAUCAUUCUGAUGGAAGCUACAGCCCCCAGCGAUCCCGGCUGUCCAGUGGUGGCUCAUCAGAUGAGGAGUCCAGCCCCCGCAGACGACCGGGACCCAAAAGACUGAAUUCUGUCUCCCCGACCUCUCCACGCAAACCCGAGCGCCGCAGCGAACGGAUGUUUGAUGAUUCCGACGACGACUCUUCCACAGAGAAGGAGGGCACCAACCUCAACUGGACGCCAGCUGAAGUGGUCACCCCAGCUCCCCCUAUUACAACUGGUACAGCCAGGCGUCGGAGUGGGCCACCCGGCAUCAAAGACCCAGUGUCGUCCACAGGCAGUGGGCUGAUCAACUUAUGUGCGAAUGUGCCUCCUGUGCCCGGUAGUGGCGGUGCCGUGCCUGCAGAGGCUCGCUCUGCUGCUGCCGCCAUCGCUCACUCCGUACAGCAAGGUGUAUCUGUUCCAGAGAGCAUGUCAGGGUGGAGCCCGGCUGUUAGAACGCUCCGCAACAUCACCAACAACUCCGACAUACAGCCUGCCAAUCGAGCAGCCAGCGUUCAUAUUAUCCAGCCUGCUAAUCAAACAAAGCCACUGGAGCAGCAGACGAAUCAGAGUCAUGCUCAGACCCUGAACAGCACCAAUGUUCUUCUCUUCAAUCAGGCCAAACUGACCAGUCAGCCCCUGACAGCCGAGCAGCAGCAAUUACUACAACAGCAGCAGUCAAACCAGGCCGCUCAGCAACAUCAGCAGUUAUCACAGCAACCACAGCACCCCAUGAUGCACCUUCAGCAGCAACAACAGAUGAUGCAGCUACAACACCACCAACAACAACAGCCACAGGCUGCUCAACAACAGGGGUUCCCACAGUUGCCUCUACAGCAGCAGCAGUUCCUACAACAGCAGCAGCAGCAACAAAUGCAGCAACAGCAGAUGUUUUCCCAGCAACAGCAGCAGCAUGUGUUCUCCCAGCAGCAGCUGCGACCCCAGCAGCCCUUACGGCCUGGACUACAGCAGUUGCAGCAGCAACAGCUGCUGCAACAACAGCUGCAGCAGUUGCAGCAGCAGCAAAGAAUGCAGAUGUUACAGCAGAAUCAACAGCAGAUGCACCAACAGCAUCUACAACAGCAGCAGCAGCACUUCAUGCAACAGCACCAUCAGAUGCAACAAAAGCAGCAUUUGCAGAACCAGCAUCAGAACCAGCAGGCCGUGCAGCAGCAGCAGACAGCUAUGCUGCAGCCACAGCUCCAGCAGCCUCCUCACGUCUCCCAGCUGUUUGGACACGAGCCGGGCCAAGAAAUCCCACAGGAUGGCUUCCUCCUGGGCUGUGUGUUUGGUAUUGCCGACUAUCCAGAACAGAUGGCUGACAAACAGCUCCUUGCUACAUGGAAGAGGGUCAUUCAGGCAUGUGGAGGCUCAGUUGAUCCAACCCUAACCAGCCGCUGCACACAUCUCCUGUGUGAAAGUCAGGUCAGCAGCAUGUACGUACAGGCACUCAGAGAGGGGAAACGCUGUGUAACCGCCCACUGGCUUAACACUGUGCUGAAGAAGAAGAGGAUGGUUCCUCCUCACCGGACGUUACAUCUGCCUUUUGCCUUCCCUCCUGGAGCCAAACCCUGCUCUCAGCACAUCAUAUCAGUGACUGGUUUUAUGGAUGCUGACAGAGAUGAUCUAAAACUGAUGGCCUACCUGGCUGGUGCCAGAUACACCGGAUAUCUUUGUCGCAGUAACACUGUUCUCAUUUGCAAAGAACCCAGUGGGCUUAAAUAUGAGAAGGCCAAGGAGUGGAAGAUCCCUUGUGUGAAUGCCCAGUGGCUGUGUGAUAUACUGCUGGGCAACUUUGAAGCACUGAGACAAAUCCAGCACAGCCGAUACUCCAUCUACACACAUCCUGAACCACUGGUGCCUAAUCCACAGCUGGUCCAGAACCUGCUUGCUGCUUGGAGAACACCAAUCAAAGUCUCUUCUGAAGCUUUGGCGAGCCUCCAGCUGCUGCAGAAGCAGAAGAUCAGCGACUCAGCAAACCCACCUGCAAACAAGAAGGCCAGACUGGAAGAGAUCCAGUCCCCGAGUAAGAAGCUUCCUCCAGAGUCCACUCCUCGGGUCAUGUUCACAGGCUUUGAGCCUAUGCAAGUACAGCAGUACACCAAGAGGUUACAUGCUUUAGGUGGUGAGCUUGCAGACAGCAGUCAGAAAGUCACUCACCUUGUGGCCAGUAAGGUGACUCGCACCGUCAAGUUCCUCACUGCCAUGUCUGUGGUCAAACACAUAGUCACCCCAGAGUGGCUGGAGGAAAGCUGGAGGAGUCAGAAGUUUGUGGAUGAGCAGAGUUACACUCUGAGGGAUGCAGAAGCGGAGGUGCUGUUUGGCUUCAGCCUGGAGGAGUCGCUAAAGAGAGCCCAAAGUGCACCUCUCUUUAAGGGGAAGUACUUCUACCUCACACCAGGGAUCUGUCCAAGCCUCAGCACAAUGAAGUCCAUUCUGGAGAGCGCUGCAGGAAAGCUGCUAACCAAGCAGCCCUCAUACAGAAAGAUCAUGGAGCACAAUCAGAAUAAGAACCUUCCGGAGAUCAUAUUAAUUUCCUGUGACAAUGACCUUCACCUCUGUAGGGAAUACUUCUUGAAAAACAUUGAUGUCCACAAUGCUGAGUUCAUUCUGACUGGAGUUCUCACCCAGAAACUUGACUAUGAAUCAUAUAAGUUCACUUGAUGGUGCAGCAGUGAAGCAUAAAGAAGAGGAGGACAUGGGACAGAAUGAGGACAACCUAUGUGUACAGUCCAGCCACACUGACUUUUCUAUGUUUUUAUUUCUGUGCAGAUGUCUCCAGUCUUUUUGUAGCCUUUUGUUACCUGUUUGAGACUAAUUGAAUGGAUGUUAUUUUUGUGAAAUAAUUGUUUAAAUUAUGGAGGAUGAAACUCUUUUUUUCUGUUGUUGAGAAUAGGAUGUGUAAAGCUUCAGCUCACAAAUGCUGCUUUUUGGAAUAAAAACUACACUUUGAUUGUGAAAAA